AUGAUUUGCACUGAAAAGCAGUGGAGGUGCUGGACAGUGGGUGGAGAGGAGGAAAAAAGAAGGGUCGAGGACUGGGAGGAGGGAAGAGAAGACGGAGGGGAAAAAAGGUGCGCCGUCCUGAAUUUUUUUCUUCGCAUGUGUGAUUGGGCCCUGGGGCGGGUACCCAGAGUCCAGAGUCCAGAGUCCAGAGCCCAGAGUCCAGCAGGCCGACAAGACCAGAGGGACUAG